AUGUCCUCCAUCCGCCCUGCCACAGAAGCAGACAUCCCCGCCCUCCUCGCCGUCUUCGCCUCCGCAUUCUCCACCUCCGUCUUCAACGCCACCUGCUUCCCUGACUCUGACCCCCUCUCGCACCAGACAAAUCGCGCCAGCAUCGCCGCCGACCUCGUCCAUACCACCCUCCUCGAGCGCGUCUCUCCCGAUGGCGUAACCAGGGAAGUGCUCGGCUGGAUGAGCUGGAAGCGACGCGACACCACGACCCGCCACGUCGUGCGCGCAGAGCGCUUCCCCCCCAGCGGCGAUCCGGAGCUCGCCAGACGCUUCUUCCAGGCCAACGUGGACGCCGCGCUUCGCCACAUGCAACCACCCUACUUCCACCUCAGCAUCAUUGUCGUCCGGCGCGACGCGCAGGGUCUAGGCGUGGGAGAACAGCUCAUGCGCCACGGACUGGCGCGCGUCGACGCGGAGGGUCUGCCGAGCUAUGUCAACGCCUCACGCGCGGGCAAGGGGUUGUACGCGCGGCAUGGGUUCCAGACGGUGGAGGAGACGCAUUUGGGGGAGCAUAUUGCCAUCUGGCACAUGAAGAGGGAUGCGACGCGCAAGUAG